AACAUCCUUGCCUUUCCUAAGUUUACGCUCCCAAAAGUUACCGUUGCGUCCCGCAUGAGCCAUGAGCCUAUACCCGAUUAUAUUCUGUUCUUUCUAACCUAUCAAUAUUUUUGCAGCCACUGCUCCACCACGCCUAGCGGAUUUUUCUCAGAUUCCGCUCCUUCAUCAUACCCAAAAACUUUCUUCCCCUUCCAUAAACCGUUGGAAUGUUGGAAAGUUUUUAGAUAUAAAAAUUAAACGUGUAAGCUACCCGAUCUCCUCAUAUCCCGUUUCCCGAAUUAGGGUUUCUGUAGAUCCUCCGCCAUUCCACCCGUCUUAAUGUUUCAACUAACAAAUUUGCAUUUUGAUAUUUAUUCACCGGCAAUGAUCCAGCGUCGUUCUUCUUUUGGAUUAGUCAAGUUCAUUCAUCGUUGGAUGAACUUAAGUUAGGGUUUUGUAUUGUGUAGAACGGACCUCAGUUUUGGUAGCUUCCUAGUUAAAUUAUCUGUAAAUAGCCGUUAGAUUGAACUCUUCUGUUGUAUCAUUUAAGAUAUAUACGGAGUACUAUAUAAUUUACUGGAAAUAAUCAGAAGAUGAAGCACCAGAAGAAGAAAAUGAAGGGACCCAAAGCUCCUAAGGAAUGCGAGGUUAGCAAUUUCGGAGAUUCUCCACCUGAUGGAGAGAUCAUGUGGAGGAGAUUAUUGGAGCCGUUCGCCUCUGUUUCGAUUGACGAAGCUGCAUCAGCUUACAGGGAAGCUAAUGGUGACCUUAACAGGGCCGCCGAGAUUCUCGGGAAUUUAGGGGAAACUGCGGAGGAUCAAAGCACGACCUCGUCGAUCUCGAGCUGGUAUGCGAGUUCGAGUUCAUCCGAGCUGUCUGGAGAGGACCAGUGUGCUCAAUACAGGGUGUUGCAAAAGAGUAAGAUGAAGAAGGUUGUAGCUUCUGCUGGGACAGUUUCCACCGUGCUGGGGAAGGACUAUGUGAGCUCUCUGCCAAAGAAUCAAUCGUCUGGACAGAAGAAGUUUAGUUUGGAAAGCUACUGCAAGGAAGAAUCUGAGCAGUUUUUAUGCUCGAUGCUGGGAGAUGAUUGCCAUUUGAGUUUAGCUGUGGUUAGAGAUGUGCUCUGUCAGUGUGGAUAUGAUUUUUAUAAGGUACUCAACUGUUAGACUUUGCCGACCCCAAAAUCUUUUGGGACUAAGGCUUGGAUGUUGUUGUUGUUGCUCUAAACAUUUUGCUCGAAUUAUCAUCAUCACCAAUUGAGCAAUCUGAUAAGAGAGAAGAAGCUUUGUUACCUGCAAGUGAUUUAUUGACCGACAGAAUUUUCUGUUCUUCGCACUCAUCUAAAAGCAACAUUCAAGAACAAAUGUUGUACGCUGGAAGUCCAUCCAGGGAUCAACAUAAACUGCUGCAUGAGAUAGAACGUUCUUCACCACCCCAGGGAAAUUCAGAGUCACAAGUCUCAAAGGACGUUCUCAAAUCCUUGUUUAAUGUGCCCACCCUGAAGACAGUUGAACAUGUACCGGGCACUGUAAAAUGGAGAGAUGUGGUGACAAAAAUGACAUCAUUGGGACUCAACUCUGAACCUUCCCCUGCUAGCGGUGUUACGCACGUUCAUAACUAUGCUUCUAAAGGAGAGGACUACCAGAUUUUCAGAGAAGCUUCAAUGCGUCACUGGGAAUCAAUGAAGUCAUACUAUCAAAAGGCUGCAUCAGCUUUUUCAAAUGGUGAACGGCAAUAUGCUGCUUAUCUUGCUGAUCAGGGUAGGACACAAAACAAAAAGGCUUUGGAGGCUGAGGAAAAGGCCAGUCAGAAUAUUUUUGAAGCCAGAAAUAAGAGCAUAGAGAAUGUGAUUACAAUUGACUUGCAUGGGCAGCAUGUUAAACAAGCAAUGAGGCUCUUGAAGCUUCACCUUCUGUUUGGUGCAUAUGGACGCUCUGUGCGGUCAUUCAGGGUAAUCACCGGAUGCGGGGGACAAGGACUUGGGAAGUCUAAGCUCAAACUCGCGGUGUUGAAUCUAUUAGAUAAUGAAGGGAUUGAGUGGAGUGAGGAGAAUAGGGGAACAUUGCUCAUCAAGCUUCGAGGACAAACAAAUUUAAGCUUCCUGGAUACUCCAGAUAGUGAUGACGAGUGAAUGUCGGAAUAUCUCACAAAUUAAUAGCUCAACCUCAUGUUUGCUAGCUACACUUUUCUCUUGUAUUGUAAUCCAGGGAGUAUAAAUCUAGUUAGGCUUAGGUUGUGGCAUGGUGAGACUGACAUCUUUUUGCCAUUAAUCUUUUCCCAUAUUAUUACUUAUACAUAUAUAUUCACACUUCUUUAAAUAUCAUGUAUGGAUGUAACAAUGUUAUGACAGAGUUAACAAUGAAAGCAAUUCUGGGAUUAUCUGUAUAUUUUUUACUCUAUAAUUGAUUGAUGCAUCUGAAGGCUUGAAA